AUGUCCUGUUUUUCAGCCUCUGAGUCGUUGACCCUGCCCGAGUCGCCCCUGACGUCAUCCGCCCUGGCCCCCCUGACGUCGUCCGCCCUGGCCCCCCUGACGUCGUCCGCCCUGGCUCCCCUGCCAGUCAUCAUGGCUCCCAGCCUGCCGGGCUUCUCCAUCACCCACGGUACCGACCAUCCUCCGCGGCCCGUGAGCAUCGUCCCGAUCCAGCACCGGAGAGCUCUGGAAGAACUCCAGCUCAAUAAGGCCAAGGCACUGCCAGAAAGACAGGUGCGGAAAACUAGGUAUGAGCGGCCAGGAUUUUCUUACAUGGACUUGAUCAAAAUGGCUUUGAAGAGCUCGGAGCAAGGUCAGCUGACCGUGAAAGAAAUCCUGUCGUGGAUCGAGGACAAGUUCCCGUACUUCAAGUACGACGCCAAGCAGAGCUGGAAGAGUUCCGUGCGUCACAAUCUGUCCCUUCAUCCAGACUUCAAAAAGGUGAAUGUGAAAAAGCAUGGCGGCAAAUGGAUGGUGGCGGACGGCGCGAAGCCUUUGUUUCAUCAGCAGAUCAAGCAAGAGUCGAAGCCUCAGCCUCCCAAGCCAGCACCUCCGGCCCCGUCGAAAAAACCCAAGAGAAUCACCCCACAGCCGAUCCUUCCCAAGGCCAUGUCGUACGCUCUGGUGCCCAUCCCCCUGGGCCCGUUCCCCGCGGGCAGCACGACGCCUGUCCUACCUCAGGUCCCGCAGCAGACCCUGGUCCCCACGGCAACGGGGCUUCAGUACGAGCUGCCGACCUUGCAGUGGCCCCCACCAGCACCCCCACCGCCCCCGCCCCCGCUACAACCCUCCCCCGUGUCGGUCACCCUCGGUCAGCCGGUGCCGAGCGCACAGAACAACGGCCUUCCUCCUCCUCCGCAGUUGCAAAAGAUGAUGGCCCCAGCGGUAGAAGCUGUCGACUUCCCGCCGGUUCCCUCCGUCCAUCAGGGAUCAAAUGUUGGAAGUGACGGCAGAGAGGUCGUUAUUUUGCCCCGGACUGCGGCGAGUCUCGGUCAGAAGAAGUCGGAAUCUUUCUCCUCAGUGAAGACUCUCUUGCAGCGUGGCCAGGCGCGGCGUGUUGUCCCCAAAAAUCCCCGGAAAAGUUCUGGAUCAUCGAGCGAGAAGAUUGUGAUUAUUCUGGAGAAGGCUGCGUCGUCCGACACCACUGAUCGCUACCGGAAACUGACGACGAGCCGAGACAAAUCCUCGGCGAAGCAGCUGGUUUUCGCCAAGAGAACAGAACAAAUUGCGCCGUCGUCGUCAUCAUCGGUGCUCUCUGAGAGCUGCGGGGAUUUCACCAGGAAGUUGGCCGCGGCGUCUCUCGGCACGGAGGGCGUCGGGAAAAACUUGCCAUACAUUCUCGGCAAAAAGGGGAAGGGACGUAUCAUUAUGAGGACGAGGACGGGGAGACAUCCCCCAGUUAUGAAUCUAACGUCUCUCAUGACGAGCAGCGGUGGUGAAGAUGCCGCUACUGCUGCUGCCUCUUCUGCUUCUACUGCUGCUGCCACCACCAUCACCUUCCCCUCCUCAGCGAAACCGCUCGUGAAACGACCGGCGUUGGAAGAAAAGCGAAAGCGAGGAAUCCAUUGUUUGGUGGAGAGGAGGAGGAGGAGCAGUGGUCCUGUCCCCUCGGGAUCCGCAACGGGCGGCGGACAGCAGCAGACGCGUGAGGCGAGGCCUGCUCCACUGGGUGGGAGUCUGAUCCAGCAGGCUUGGGAACAGGCGCGGUGGAGCAGCGACGCCACUGACAGUCCCGAGCCGGGCGGCCAGUCGUCACGGCAACCGCUGGACCGGGUGGGUGGGCUGGGGCAGACGUCGGGUUAUGUCGACGGUGCUGGUGGUGGUGGUGGGAAUUCUUUCCUUCCGGAGGAUGAGGUAGAUGGCAAAUCUUUCUUCCAGGAGAAUGAGACAGGUGGCAAAUCUUUCUUUCAGGAGAAUGAGACAGGUGGCAAAUCAUUCUUUCAGGACAAUGAGACAGGUGGCAAAUCUUUCUUUCAGGAAAAUGAGACAGGCGGCAAAUCUUUCUUUCUGGAGAAUGAGACAAGUGGCAAAUCGUUCUUUCAGGAGAAUGAGACAGGUGGCAAAUCUUUCUUUCAGGACAAGUCAGAGACGGGUGAGAAAUCUUUGAUUUGGGAUAGGUGUCAGGCAGGUGAUGGAAGUGGUGCGCGUGGUGGUGGCAGUAGAACUGUGUCUGGAGGUGAGAGGCCUCUGUGCUCUCGCUGUAGCUGUCAGGUGUCCCCACAAGGGGAAGGGGCCGAGUGUGUCCGUGGGGCGCAGAGUGACAACGCUUCUCCCAUGCAGGUUCCACAUGGAGAGACUACGGUUUCCUUGGAGUAUUGUGGUCAUAUCCGGACGAAAGACCAGAAAAGUCUGACGAAAUCACCGCCGUUAUCGCCUCUAAGGUCACCGUUAUCACCUCAAAGGUCACCGGUGUCAUCAUCAUCAUCUUCUUCUUCAAGGCCGCCUGUCUCGUCGCUGGUGUCAACCUCACCACUAUCGUCGACGCUGACGACCUUCUCUGUUCACGGCUCGAGGUCGUCCUGCGGUGCCACGUCUGAGGAGCAGCGAGCUCCGUGCAGCACUCACCACAGCAAGUCUCGCAGGAAGCAGGUACACGUACCGCUCACCACGGAAAUCUCCCCCGGUCGAAAAAUACUCCUCCCCGGCAGCUUUGAGUCUAACCGCGGGGAGGAGGAGGAGGAAAUGUGUGUGGAAAUAGAGCCGGUGGGCGUAGUUGUUGUCGCGGGAGAGAAAAGUUCCGUCUUGACCGUUGGCGGUUCGACGACUAGUAGUGUAGCUGAGAGUCAUGAGCACUUUUUGACGCACUCGCAGGCUGGAGAAGAAAAUGACAGCGAGAACAAGAAGUCUGUCUCUCCGAACGAGAGCGACGACAUGGCGUCUGACCAUUCGGAGGACCACGUUGUGCUCGGUUUCGAAACGUCCAUUCCGGGCUAUUCUCCUUCGCCGGGGAUGGAAUAUAGCGACGUCUCGAGGACUAGCUCCCAGAUUCUGAGCACUCCGGAGGCAGGCUCGGCGAGGUACUCGCACAGCAGAGUUGUCUCCUACCCCUCGACGAGUGAGAUGUGGCCGCUGUCGUCUGGACUCGUCGCCACAAACUCUAGCUCGACAAGCCACCACCCCCACCUCCCUGACUCAGCAGCUCGGCCCUCCUCAGAGAUAUGUCUGACCCUCUCUCAAAGUCUUUCCCCGCCCGUCGUCGUUGACGACUCCCACAUCUCGUCCCGCGGGCACUCCAGUCCCGUCAGUUCUUCCGAUUCGUUCAAGUUUCUAUCGUCCCACCACCACCACUCCCCGCCCCUCUCUCAGCUGUCCCCCAUAGCGGGCAGCACGGGCUGCACUGAGUCCCACUCUUCCUUCCCGUCCCCCAGACUCAGCUGCUGCGAGAGCUCCAAGCCGCAGCAACAGUGCAGCCCGCCACCGCAAUCUUGUUCCUCCCGUCGUCAUAGUCACGCUCCUCCGAGUUUUUUGCACCCCCCCGUGCCCCUGCCCCUGCCUCUAUCUCAUCACGUCUCUUCGUCUUCGCCGACUUCUUCCUCCUCUUCACCUCCUCGUUCGUCACUCUUACCAUCUACAGCGUCUUCAUCGUCUUCAUCAUUGUCAUCGUCAUUCCUAAUGCCUAGCGGUCCUUAUUUCUGCAUGCCCUCGUCAGCGUCAGGUCCCCUACUUUCGAGCAGCGCCUCCCAGUUUGGCUACCUCUUAGAGCAAGACGACCACCCCGGGCUUCAUCAGCACACCACCGAGUAUCUGAUGAGCUCCCACAGGGAUCCAGGUGAUCCCCUGCCCCACCUCCCCCCCUGCUCAGAGAGGUCGGUGGGGUGCGCUCCGGGGGGUGCCGGUUCUUCUUCAUCAAACGUUGUCGUGCGAGACGGGAGGGGUUUGAACCCCCACCCCCACCCCGCCAGCCCUGGGUCCCAGCUGGUGCAGGUUCCUCCGGAGAUGCUGGAGUUUCACCCAAACUCCUCCGGCAUUCUCGACUCGAGUCUUUUCGACAACAUUGACAGGCUCAUGCAGAACUCUUUUGAAGCAGAGAGCCCCUGA